AUGCGUCCCCGCGCUCCCCCGCCGCUCCCCCGCGCGCGUCUCCUCGCGCUCCUCCUCGCGCUCCUCCUCGCGCCCGCGCGCGCGUCCGCGCGCGGGUGGCGCCCCUCCGCCGCGAACGCGUUCGGCUUUCUCGUCCCGGAGCCCCCCGGCGGGCGAGGGUGCGGACGCCUUAACUACGCGAACUGCUUCCCGAGGGCGACCGCGACCGCGCGGCGUUGGAGCGCGACGCUCGACGCGGCGUACGACGCGCGCUCGGGAACGACGACGACGCGUGUGGGCGCGGAGAAGGACGACGACGACGACGACGACGACGACGCGCCCAGAGUAGUCAAGACGCUCCACGGGGACGUCUUCGCGGACGCGUCCGCGGCGCUCGUCCCGGACGUGGACGAGUAUCUGUACUCCCUCGACGCGCUGAGCGACGCCGCGAGGUCGAUCGCGGACGACGUCGUCCGCGGCCUCGCGCGCGAGGCGGAGGCGAAAGCCGCGGCGGCGGCGCUCGCGGCGACGGCGGCGCGAGACGCCGCGCGAGCGACGCUGCUCGGAGGACACGAGCGCUGA